AUGGCAUACUUAAAGUCUGCUUCAUGUUCAUCAUCUUCUGUGAGCUGGAAAUAUGACGUUUUUUUGAGCUUCAGAGGCGAGGAUACUCGCUACAAUUUUGUUGAUCAUCUUUACGCAGCUCUCGUACAGAGAGGACUAUGCGUGUUCAAAGAUGACGAGGAGCUGAAGAAAGGGAAGGAGAUUGCUCCAGAACUCCUGAAAGCUAUUGAGGAGUCAAGGUUUGCAGUGGUUGUGUUCUCAAAGAAUUAUGCCAACUCGUCAUGGUGUUUGGCUGAGCUGGCCAAAAUCAUGCAAUGGCAUAACGGGACGGUACUGGAACCGAAGGUGAUACCGGUGUUCUAUCAUGUCGACCCAUCUGAUCUCCGCGCGCAGAAGAACGACGUGGCUGUUUUCUUUCAGCAGCACGAGGAGAAGUUUAGAGAAGAGAUGGAUAAAGUGAAGGAGUGGAGGGAUGCUCUAACAGCUACAGCCAAUUUAUCUGGCUUGCAUAUCUCCGAAUCCUUCAAAGUGGGCGAAUCGACGUAUGUCAGAAAGAUUGUUGAGGAGAUCUUAUCUGAUAAGCCUGAUAUACAACCUUCUUAUAUAGAGAGCAAUUUAGUUGGCAUCGACUCUCGUAUAGAAGAAUUAAGUUCGCGACUGGAAACAAAAGAUAAUGAAAAGGUGCAAAUAGUAGGGAUACAUGGGAUGGGAGGAAUUGGCAAGACUACUAUUGCCAAAGCUUUGUUUAGAAGAAUAAAGUAUAAGUUUGAGGGUAGUAGCUUCGUAAACGAUGUUAGAGAAAACAGUUCAAGUAAAAGAGAUAUAUGUGCCUUACAAGAAAAGGUUCUAAGGGAUAUUCUAGAGAUCAAUCAAAACUUCAAUGUUCGAGAUCCUGAAGAUGGAGCUAACAUGAUACGAACAAGAUUUGUGCACAAAAAAGUUCUUAUGGUUCUUGAUGAUGUGGAUAAUUUCAAGCAAUUAGAGUUCCUAGCUGCAACACAUGACUCGUUUGGCCCAGGAAGUAGAAUCAUUAUCACUACAAGAAACGAGCAAUUGUUAUCUGAUGCAGAUGACAAGUACAAGCCAGAUUUUUUGAUAAUGAAUGACGCUCUUGUGUUGUUUAAUAGAGGUGCUUUUAAAACAAAUUGUCCCCCAGAAGGGUACGAGGAGUUUUCAUGUCGUGCGAUCCGCUAUGCUGGCUAUCUUCCUUUAGCUGUGAAAGUUUUAGGCUCUUUCUUCCAUGGGCGGAAAGCAAUUCAUGAGUGGGAAAGUGCUUUAAAUAGACUAGCAAAAGCACCACCUGUUGACAUUUUUAAGACACUGAAGUUAAGUUUUGAUGGGUUGGAGGGUUCUGAGAAGAAUAUAUUCUUAGACAUUGCUUGCUUCUACAAGGGAAGAGACAUUAGAGACGUAACUAGAGUAUUUGAGAGCUGCGGUUUUGACCCAGAAAUUGGGAUUAAUGUUCUUGUUGAGAAGUCCCUCAUCACCAUUUCUAAUGAAAGAAUAUGUAUGCAUGAUCUUUUACAAGAAAUGGGUCAGCAAAUAGCUCGUGAGAAUAUCUUCAAUAGAAGGCUAUGGCAGCUUGAAGAUAUCCAUGAUUCCUUAAAAAAUAAUCAGAAGCUAGAAGAAAUUGAGGCAAUUGUGGUGCCCGAUAAGCAGUAUGAUGUUGACGAAUAUGAGGAGAAGGUGGGUUUUAGGGCUGAUGUUUUUGAACGCAUGAAGAAUCUUCGCCUACUUGAUAUUAGAGGAAGAUUUACAUCUUGUGAGCCUACGAUCUUCCCUAACAACUUAAGAUGGCUUUGUUGGAGUGAGUGCCCAUUUACUUCUCUAUCAACGACACAAAUGAGUAAACUUGUUGGUCUUCAAGUAGUUGGUGGCACUGUUAAACAGUUUUGGAAUGGACAAAAGAUUAUGCGAACUCUGAAGUAUCUUAAUCUUCAACAGUUAGACUGCCUGACAACGCUUCCAGAUGUCUCAAUGGCUCCAAACAUUGAGAAGUUGAUUGUGUCACGUUGUACAAAUUUGGUUAAGGUUCAUGAGUCUCUUGGAUCUCACAAAAGGCUUGUCAGGUUACGCAUUGUUGAUUGUAAGCGGCUUAAGCGUCUGCCAUCCAGGUUUGAGAUGGAAUCCUUGAGGUUUCUAAUUCUCAACAACUGCUCAAGUCUAGUGAGAUUUCCAGACGUGUCCCCGUGCAUGAUAAAGCUAUCAUUAAUACAACUUGAUUACUGUUGUAGUAUAGAAGCAUUGCCAUCAUCUGUUGUAUAUCUUUCUAGUCUAAGACGCUUGAGUUUCAGAAGAUACAAAAGUCAUAGGAACAACAACAUUCCAGAGGAGCAUGGAUUUGGGGAAAAUUUAGUCGAGGAUAAUGCCAAGGCCUUAGAAAGCCACCCAAAGCUCCUCAAUUCACAUACUGUUAUAAAUUCGUGCUCGUUGAGAUCAUUAAAUCUUCGUUGCAGACCAAUGGAAAGUGAAGUCUUCCUAAAAAAUCUCCAUGCAUUUUCCUGCUUGGAAACUUUAGACCUAAGUGGAAACAAUAACUUAAUCCAAUUACCUGCAAGCAUAUCCCAUCUUUCUCGUCUGAGAAAGUUGAAUUUGAAUGAGUGUCACCGACUUCAAAUUUUGCAUAGCCUCCCAUCAAGCAUACAAGAAUUAGAGGCAAACAAUUGCUAUUCUUUAGAAAAGAUUGAUGAUCUAGCACAAGAGUAUGACUGUUCCCAUCUUUCUCGUCUGAGAAAGUUGAAUUUGAAUGAGUGUCACCGACUUAAAAUUUUGCAUGGACUCCCAUCAACAAUACAAGAAUUAGAGGCAAACAAUUGCUACAAUCUGCAAAAGAUUGACCAUCAAUUACAAGAGUAUGCCAGCUGGUAUCAUAUUUCCUUCAUUAACUGUCAGAAACUUGUGGAGGAUGAUGAUUGCAAAAGAUACCUUCAUAAGAUGUCGCAGCAAUCAUUCCUUAAGAGAUGUGCUGUUAUAGAUCGUGAGCUAUCAAUCGGUGUACCUGGAAACAAAAUACCAACAUGGUUCAAAGAGGCACAACCUGGGAAUCUUAUAGCAUUGGUGUUACCUCCCAAAUGCGAUACCCAAAUCAAUGGGAUUGCGAUAUGUGGUGUCGUCCCUGGGGAGUGGCCGGGGUCACAUUAUCGUCCUCAAUUCCACGUUAAUUGUAUUAAGGAUGGAAUGUGCAAUAUUGUUCAGAAAGAAGUUGAUUGUAUUAAUAAUAAUGCAUCUGCAGCCGUAGCAGAAGGUGAGGAUGGGAAUACGUGGAUAUGGUAUAGACCAUGUAGAUCCUUUGGGGGUCAAGAUUGGUCUGCAGGUGGUACUCUACUCAUUUCAAUAAGCCAACGUUAUGGUGCAAAAGCUGUAAGAUGUGCAGCACGACUUAUCUACAAAGAAGAUGUGGAAUCGAACCAACAAAUUACAACUUGUAUCUCCUAUCCAUGGAAGAACUAUAAGGAAAGGAAAAAAGUGCCUGCCAGGCCCCCAAAAUUUUUAGAUGGUGAUGUGUAAGUAGAAAUAUUUUUAGAAAGAAACAAGUUCUAUCUCAACGACCCUAGCUUUAUUGAAAUAAGGAAUUGCUGCUUUUAUCCG